AUGUUAUUUUUUUCUACAUUCAAAAGACAUGGACUUUCUCCUGGAAGUUUCACAGUCCCUUACAAUUCCAAAAAAAACCAUGAAAGAGAAAAAAGGCAAAAGAAAUCAAAAUUACCAGAACAAAAAUUAAGACGAUUAAAACUUAAAGAAGAAAAAAUUACAUCCAAAGGAGCCUGUGAGGCAACAGAAGGAGCUAGCUAUGAAUCUGAAAUAAGUUUUAGUGAACAAGCUGAGGACAUUGAGAGAAUUCCAGAUGCUAUCCCCAAGCCUUUAUUUACGGCAGUGUCCUCUUUAGACAACCCAACUUUUGUCAUCAAUGAUUUAGAAACUACAGAUUUGAUCAGAAGAAACAUCAUUCCUCACAUAGUACAGAUAGCUGCCAAAGAACACAGAACUCAAACCAGUUUCAACCGUUACAUACCACCACAGCUACCAAUGUCUAAUGAAGCCGAAAAGGUGACUGGUAUUGUUUGGGAUGGACGAAAGGUUUUUUACAAAGGUGUUGAACUAGACUUUGUUAAUAUAAAGGUUGCCAUAUCUGAUUUUUUUAUGUGGUUAAAUCAAUUCAGUAAUGCUGUACUUGUAGCACAUAAUGGGAAACAUUUUGAUUUUCGGGUUUUGUCAACAGCUGUUUAUAACUGUAAUAUGUAUGAUAAUUUUACUCAGAUUGUUAUGGGAUUUAUAGACUCAUUGGCUCUUUUUAGAUCAAACUUUUCCAAAAUAGAAAAAUAUAAUCAGCCAUUUUUAGCACAACAUUUUUGUAAGGAGGAAUAUAAUGCCCACAAUGCUGUGGAUGAUGUAAAUAUGCUUGAUAAAAUACUCAUUGCUGCUAAUGUUUCUAAAGAACUAAUGCUUAAACUUUGUUACAAUUCUAAUUCUCAUUUACUGCAAGAAAACUUCGUCAAGGCAAAAGCUAAAAACUUGCCAAGCUUUCAUCCCCUGAUUGCUAGCGGUUUAAUGAAAAUGAAAACAGCAGAGAAUAUUGCUGGAUCAGGUUUGAACUGUGCUCAUUUAAAACUUAUUUAUACUCGUAAAGGAGAAAAUGGACUUAUUGAUGUUCUUAUGUCUAAAAAUGCUUUUGGUAGGCCAAGAGUUUCUAAUGAUAAAAAAUUAAUGUGUUCUGUGGUACAAAAAAUGGGCAAUAUGUUUUCAGAAUUGUGAGAUUGCUUGAAGAAGUGAUCUUUUAUGUCAUGACUUGUAUUAUAAUCUAUACUUUAGUACUAUGUUUGAGCAGUUAUUAUAAAUUUGUAUGUAUGUGUAAUUUUUUUGGUAUAUUUGUUUAUUCAAAAUAUUCUAUCAUGCAUUAUUUUUCUGUGAACUCAUAAAUGACUUCAUAAACAUUUUUUCUAAAAGUAGCUACCAUUUAGAAUAAAAAUGAAUUGUGCUUACUUGUUUUCUCUCAAAUUGACCACAUUGUGUGAUUUAUUAGUCAAAGUUCAGUUUUCUUGUAAUUUGUUGUAUGAAAUGAUUAUUCAGCCUUCAUGUAUCAACAUUUUAUGUCACCUUUAUCUCAAAUACAUAAAUUUGCUAAUUUAAUGUAUUACAUUUAUAUAUAGUGUAACAUUAUUUUUUUUAAUUCAAUAUAAGUCGAUAAUAAACAUUGAAACAGGUAUGACAUUUCUGGUUGUCCACUCUUGUAAGCUUUCUCUUUUUUUUUUAAACUGAACAUGUAUUUGUAAUUCAAUUAGAAUUUGCUUUACUGACAUAUUUUAUAGAAAAAGUCUUUUUUUAUUAUAUAAAUAUGAUCUUAUUUAUUUGUAUCCUUUUUACCAUCAUGACCAUGAUUAUACUUUAUUUAAAAAAUAUCAGUAUA